AUGUUUCUCCAAACCGUCCUCAGCUUCCUUCUCCUCGCCGUCGCCGCCCUGGCUCAGCCCAUCUCCACCGAGGUUGUCCAAGAGAAUGCCUGGAAGUACGGUACCGGCGGGGGUGUUGUCGGAUUCAUCGUUUUGAUUCUCGAUAUCAUGGUCUUUCUCGAAGUCCUCAAGUCCAACCGCCCUCCUCUCCCGAAGCUUCUCUGGUGCGUGCUGGUCUUCAUCUUCCCCAUCGGAGGAUUGAUCAUCUACUACCUCUUCUCCAACCGCGAGACACACAACUCCACGGGCGGAUACGAGACUCUGCCGCAGUAA